AUGGUUAUGACCACCGCUCGUUCUCGCGGAGCCAAUGGCUCGUCGCUGCGCACUGCUCGCCUCGCCCUCAUCGGCCUCUUCCACGCCUUUGCGCCCAUGGUGACGGCGCUGCCAAUGCCGUUUGGUGGCGUCGUCAACGCGCUCAAGGAUGCCGACCAAGACCUCCCCAAAGACUCCAGCGACCCGCAGCUUUGGUUGUUUCUAGGCGUUGCCGUCGCGCUUGUUUUGGCCGGUGGUGUGUUUGCAGGUCUGACCAUUGCCUUGAUGGGCCAGGAUGAGAUAUAUCUUCAGGUACUUGCCUCAUCUGGUGAGAAGCACGAACGCAAGAACGCGAAGAAGGUGCUCAAGCUUCUCGAGCGAGGUAAACAUUGGGUCUUGGUUACCCUACUUCUGAGCAACGUCAUCACCAAUGAAACCCUUCCUAUCGUACUUGACAGGUCCCUCGGCGGGGGUUGGCCUGCGGUUGUUAGCUCCACCGUGCUUAUUGUCAUCUUUGGCGAGGUCGUCCCCCAGUCUAUCUGCGUGCGCUAUGGACUACCAAUCGGCGCUGCCAUGGCACCCAUAGUUCUUGGACUCAUGUAUAUCAUGGGUAUUGUGGCUUGGCCGACAGCUAAGCUCCUCGACUACCUUCUGGGCGAGGACCAUGGUACCGUAUACAAGAAGGGUGGGUUGAAGACGCUGGUCAGCCUGCACCAGUCGCUUGGACUCGAGCAUGAACGCCUCAACGAAGAUGAAGUUACCAUCAUCACGGCCGUGCUAGACCUCAAAGCCAAGGCCGUGGGCAACAUCAUGACGCCCAUGAAGGACGUCUUCACCAUGUCAUCCGACACUGUUUUGGACGAGAAGAUGAUGGACAACAUCCUCUCUGCUGGCUACUCUCGUAUUCCCAUUCACACCCCCGACAACGACAACGACUUUGUUGGCAUGUUGCUUGUCAAGAUGCUCAUUACAUACGACCCCGAGGACGCUCUUCGUGUGCGCGACUUUGCUUUGGCUACACUCCCAGAAACGCGCCCCGAGACGAGCUGCCUGGAUAUUCUCAACUUCUUCCAGGAGGGUAAAUCCCACAUGGUGCUCGUCUCCGAGUACCCGGCCGAGGCACGCGGUGCUGUUGGUGUUGUCACUCUGGAGGAUGUAAUCGAGGAGCUCAUUGGAGAGGAAAUCAUUGACGAGUCCGAUGUCUUCAUUGACGUACACAAGGCGAUUCGACGUAUGGCACCCGCCCCUCGCGCUCGCGUUCCCCGAGGCAAAGUUCUCAGCGACAUCUCACGUAAACCUUCCGAAGCGCCGGUUUCAGAAACCGAGACCAAUGGCGAAAACGGUGCGGCGGACACACCGGAAGGCCAUCCCAAGCCAUCUCUCAUGUUACGACGUCGAAGCAGCGGUAGCAAGGGAAUGUCACCUCUACGUACCGAUGACCCCAGUAUUAUUCAACAUCUGAAGCAUCUUGGUCCCUCCAACGCUGCCAAUAGGCCCAAGCAAACACGUAUCAAUACUGUAAAGAUUAAGCCUGGACAAACUAGCGCAACGCCUGACAUUCCAAAAACCAUUCCCGAACACGCUCAAACCCCGACUGAGUCAACCCAGUCACAGGCUGUAGUCGCGCAAGACUCUUAUGCCCCAGAGGGUGGGAUCGGCCAGGGCUUGUUGGCAUCAGCUGGCCGUGAGGCUAGCGAUGGCGCUCACACUGUAGCUGUGGGAUACGGUACCAUGACUCCAAGCGGCGACCGCAUGUCUUUCAUAUCCGGUCGUUCCGGUCGAUCUAUUCGCUCUAUUACAAGGGACUCUAAAGACCGUGCAACUUCCCCCAAGGGUAGCACGAACGGCGGUACUCAUCCAGAUAUCAAGUACCGUGACAACGAGAAUGAUGUGUCGAGAGGACGGUCACCUUCCGCCAGCACCAUCGCCUCCCUGCAUUCUAUUCGAUCGCGCUCCCGUAGUCCUCUGCAGAAACGUCAUACUGCCCGAAGUGGUAGCAUCUCCGAAAACGUUGUUGACGUCAAUGGUGUCAAGAAGAUUGUUUUGGAGACCACCAGCUCAAGCGACUCUGAGGACAAGGGUCGUGGUAGCCAAGCUGAUGGCCAUGAAGAUAACAAGCAUUCCGAAACUGAGUCCGCGCACACAGGAGGCAAGGGUGCGAGUAAAAAGAAGAGGAAGAAGAGGGGCAAGAAGAAGAAGGGUGGCGCCAGUGACAGCAGUGAGACGCAACCCCUGCUCGGAGACAGGUGA